CAGUGGUAGGGUAUCUUCUCUCGACUCUGCAAACUGUCUGCCGCUGGGAGGUUACUCCAAAAGAAAAACCCUGCAGUGCCCAUGACCUGCAAGCACAAUAUUUGAUCAGGACUGCGGGGCGGGCACCAACCCUGGCAAAUUGAGAUACACACAUGCUCCUUAAUACACAGGAGAUCAGGCAGACGAACACUGAGGCUUUGGAAAAAGGACUCUGAGUCUGGUUCCACGAGGUUCUGCACAAUGCACUGGGCUUCCAUCCUGAUAGUUGCUGGGCUGUGUGGGGUCUCCCUGGGCCAGUAUGAAGAUGAAGAAGAUAUGUACUGGUUGCAUCAGUACCUUCGCAGCCAGGCUUUGUCCUAUAACUACAUGCCGUACUACGAGGAUGAGGCCCCCCCUUACCCUUAUGUCCCGCCUGGGUCCUCCUUUGCAGAGCCCAUCCUUGAGCCUGUUUCCCGGGAAUGCCCCCAGGAGUGCGACUGCCCCCCCAACUUCUCCACAGCGUUGUACUGCGACAGUCGCAACCUGAGGUACCUUCCCUUUGUGCCUUCCAGGAUGAAAUACGUCUACUUCCAGAACAACCAGAUCACCAGCGUCCAAGAGGGGGCUUUCGACAAUGCCACAACGCUGGAAUGGAUUGCGCUGCAUGGCAACCAGAUAACCAGUGAGAAGAUGGGCAAGAGGGUCUUUGCCAAGCUUAAGAACCUGGAAAGGUUGUAUCUGGAUAACAACAACCUGACCAAGAUGCCCAGCCCCCUGCCCAGGUCCCUGAGAGAACUCCACCUGGCUUACAAUCAGAUCACCAGGAUCCCAUCCAAUGCUCUGGAGGGUUUGGAGAACCUUACUGCCCUGUAUCUCAGCCACAACCAGAUCCAUGAUAUAGGAGCAUCUUUCAAAGGGUUAAAGUCCUUGAUCCUUGUUGACCUGAGCUACAAUCACCUCAGAAAGGUCCCCGAUGGCCUCCCAAGCUCUCUGGAACAGCUCUACCUAGAGCACAACUACAUCUACACCAUCCCUGAUGAGUACUUCAAAGUAUCCCCCAAGCUGCUCUAUAUCAGGCUGUCCCACAACAGCCUGACCAACGAUGGACUCUCCUCCAACACCUUCAACACCAGCAGCAUCCUAGAGCUGGAUCUGUCUUAUAACAGGCUCCAGAAGAUCCCCCGGGUUAGCACCAACCUCGAGAACCUCUAUCUCCAAGGGAACCAAAUCAAUGAAUUCUCCAUCAGCAGCUUCUGCACAGUCAUCGACGUCAUGAACUUUUCCAAGCUCCAGGUCUUGCGGCUGGAUGGGAACGAGAUCCAACGGAACGCAGUGCCCCCAGAUGCUCCCCUCUGCCUGAGGCGUGCUGCUGUCAUUGAGAUUUAACCCCAACCUCCUCCCCCCCUCCCCCUCCGUGCUCUCCCCCAGUCCUCAAGGCAGCACCACACCCGUUCCAGUAAUCCAGGCUGUGGGAGGCCUUCACUCUCGUUUUAACGUGGCUUGAUGGUUUGAUUUGGCUUCUGCAAUAGCGUAAUAUGGGUGGCAUGAUAGCAGCCUGCGCAGGGUUCCCUGCCAGAGUAGGAGGGAUGUAUCAUUAACGUCACCCACUAGAUGUGGCCUGAUAGGCUAAAUGGGGUAGCACCAGUAUGGAGGCAGUUCUCUGCUUUGUCCUAUAAAAACCCUACGGUUCUCUCUCUAAACAGCCAAUCAGUUCUCUUGAUUCCCCACCAUUGUCUUGCUGCAUGCUUGUCCAUGUGGCUCCCACUAGCAUGUGUGGGUUGCCUGGAGGGGACUCAAGUUGUCUCCAUUCAAAUGCAUUGGAUUUGAAAGUUUGAUGCCAGCUGGGAUGGUUUUGGAGUUCAUGUUCUGUGUAGGAGGAACUGUGGUAAAGGGAUCAGAGACGAGGGAGGAGGAGAAUUCAAGUUUUUCAAAGGUAGUGUGGAAAAGCAGAACAGGCCAUGGGAUUGAGCUCAUUUGAAGAGAGGAAAAUAGCUAUAAUCCAUGGGCUAGAACUUCACUAGGUGUAACCACAUUGACUCAGAGUCAUAGAAUAUCAGGGUUGGAAGGGACCUCAGGAGGUCAUCUAGUCCAACCCCCUACUCAAAGCAGGACCAAUCCCAGGACAGAUUUUUACCCCAAUUCCCUAAAUAGCCCCCUCAAGGAUUGAACUCAUAACUGUGGGUUUAGCAGGCCAAUGCUCAAACCACUAAGCUAUCCCUCCCCCUUCUGGCAGCAGGUUCAAAACAAACAAAAGGAAAUAUUUUUUCACACCAUGCACAGUCAACCUGUGGAACUCCCUGCCAGAGGUUGUUGUGAAGGCCAAGACUAUAACAGGUUCAAAAAAGAACUAGAUACAUUCAUGAAGGAUAAGUUCAUCAAUGGCUAUUAGCCAGGAUGGGCAGGGAUGGUGUCUCUAGUCUCUGUUUGCCAAAAGCUGGGAAUGGGCAAUAGGGAAUGGAUCACUUGAUGAUUACCUGUUCUGUUCAUUCCCUCCGGGGCACUGAGCAUUGGCCACUGUUGGAAGAUAGCGUACUGGGCUAGGUGGACAUUUGGUCUGACCCAGUAUGGCUGUUCUUAUGUGCUUAUGUUCUUAUGAAUAAUGCUGAUUUACACCAGCUGAGGAUCUGCAACUUUAUAUCCUGUAUUUACUAGUCUCCUCUUACUUGAGACUGCCGAACUUUCAGGAGACUAUCCUCCUAAAACACACUUCUAUGUAGCUAGCAAGAUGAAGGAGCUGAUUUAUAAAGGGGAAUUGCCUGGGGGAAAUUUGUGUGGUUCAAAGGUUUACAGGCUAGUUUUUCGAGCCCCACACUUCCCCUCCCUCCUCAGAAUGUUGGCAAACCAAUAGAGCCUAUUGGCUGAUGAUGUGGUCAGGUGUCACCCUCUAGCUGGAAUCUGCCAGUAGGAUGUUUCAGGCUGAAUUGGUCAAAAAAAAAAUGCCAAUAGAUAUAUAAAACCUGGUUCCCAUUUAGCCUACAGUUCUUUUGAACUGCAAGAGUGUGGUAGAGUGUCUUUAGCAUGAGUGCAAUUAUCUUUAGUGCAAGUGAGACUCCAUACAGUGGGUUUUUAAAUUGAUAGACCGUGUGCCAGAUUCUGAUCUCUGUAACAGUGGUGUCAAACCCAGAACAACUCCAUUAGAUAAACUAUAAGGGUUAUAAACCCUCUUGCUUCUAGGUACCAGCUAACCAGUAACUGCUGGAGUUAGGGUGAACCUACUGCUAAGAGAAGCUCGUCCAAGAAUUGUCCAUGAAGGAAUUUCUUGAACGUUGCACUGAAGCAGCUGGUACUGGUCACUGUCAGAGACAAGAUAUCAGACAGAUGGGCUCCUGGUCUGAGCUAGUAAGACCAUUCCUAUUGUAUCCUAUCUUUCAUCUUUCUCUGUAACAUUUAUAGAGUGCCUGCCGCCAAAAUGGCUGCCCAUGGAAGUCAGUGAGGUGUUAUUCUGCAUUUUUGCUGGAGAUCCAAAUCUAACCUCUCCUUUUUGCAUUAACUCUUAAUUCAUAGACACAAAUACCCUUGGUGGGCAAAGCGAAAGGAGCAUAUGUGGCUGAGCAACAGGAAUGGAUCGACAGGCACCUGAAACAAAGUUAGCCAUGUGAACCUGAAGCAUUUACCAGGGAGCAGCAUUCACAGAUGGAGGGUGCGGUGGGGGGGUUGUCCCUGACCUGUCAGCCAGCCAUGCCAAAAUACCUAUAGGUGCUGGAAGUAGGAGUGUGUAGGGGUGCUGCCGAACCCCCAGCUUGAAGUGGUUUCCAUUAUAUACAGGGUUUACAGUUUAAAAUUCCACCUUUUCCUGCAGGGUGUUUGCACUGGAUAACUGAGUUCCUGCUGAACUUUGUCCCUUUUGGGUGGGACAAGUGGAAUUUCAAGGCUUCAGGAGCAUUAAGUUUCCCAGUUUCACUGAGCUGAAAGUUAUAAGCUUCUGGCACAAUGUAGUAGCCUUUCACAGUCCAGGUAGCAGAAGGGCAGAUCUUGGGUGGCAGCUUGGGGUAGUAUAAUUCUCUGAGCAUUCUUGCCUGCGUAAGUUCCACCAAACAAAUUUGCAGGUGACCAGCCGGUACCAGGAGGAGAUAGUGCAGCAGCCAUAGCUGGAGAGGAAAAGCAUUCUUGUUACUUUCAGCUCCUGUGGAAUCCAGCAUUACUAAUCACUUCUUGUAACGUAUGGGUCAUACCUUUCUUUCCAUGUGCUGCUUGGCUGCAGGUGAAGAAUGCUACAGUUUAACGAAGUGGCAUUCAGAGCCAGUUGUAACUAUAACUUGACCCGCCUUGACAUUAUAAUACCAGGCAGGAUUCACUCUGGUUCAAUGAGCUUUUGCUCUAAGGCAGACAAUCUGGUUCUGGAAAGCUGGUUUCAUGGUUGUGUGUGAGCCCAGUCAGAUGUCGCACUCAAACAAAAGGAGCUGCCCAGACUGGCCCUUAUUGCAAAUUCCCAUUGUGGUUAAUUGCAUUUGUUAAGUGUGGCACUCUCUGCCUGUACAAUUGUUUGCUCUUUUCUCUUGAGGAACUCACAGGAUAGUAACGCUCAGUCUGCUGUAAGCAUCAAUCCCCUUGGAUUGUUUUGGUUUGAAACAUCCCUUUUCCCCAGCCCAGAUUGGGGUCCCAUUUUAAAAAAAAUCUUGACGGUGAAUUUGAAUUCCACAAAAGUCAAAAUACCAGCUGGGUUCACUGGACAAGGCAGAGAACAAGGGUCAGGUGAGCUUCUGGGGGACUUGGGAAGCUCAAGAGGCCGUCUAAACCCUCCACAUUUAAACUGCAUGCUAAGAAUAUAAAGGAAUCUGUACUCUCACCAAAGCAUGAACUGUAGAUA